AUGGGCUGUGGAACCAGUAAGGUGCUGCCCGAGGCCUCCAAGAAGGGCUACGUCAGUGUGGUGCAAUCGCUCAUUGCCUUCAGUAAAGCUUGUGACGGAGAUGACGAGCCAAAGAAGCAUGCAAGAGGAGCGUGGUUCUCCUCCGGCGUUAAGAAUCCUCCACAAAGGCCGAAUAGCCAACAACAGAUGCAAAGGCCGCAGGAUAAAGUCGCCAGGUACAAGGACAAAUUUGACCCAAGAGUGACUGCAAGAUACGACAUCAAGGCUCUGAUCGGUCGAGGAAGCUUCAGCCGCGUUGUGCGUGUGGAGCAUAGGGCCACUCGCCAGCCCUUCGCCAUAAAAAUGAUGGAGGUGGAGGCCCCUCAGGGACGUGAGGUGUGCGCCUCGGAGCUGGCGGUGCUGCAGAGAGUGAGCCACUCUAAUGUGAUUCAGCUGAUCGAGGUGUUUCAGUUUCCACAGAGGGUUUAUAUGGUGCUGGAGCUCGCUACGGGAGGGGAGCUGCUGGAGAGAGUGGUCAGCAGAGGCCACUUCACAGAGAGAGACGCCACCCAGGCGCUACGAAUGGUGCUGGCCGGGGUGGGGUACCUGCACAACUUAGGAAUCACCCACAGAGAUUUAAAGCCAGAAAAUCUUCUCUACUAUCAUCCCGGGGCUGACUCCAGGCUGCUGGUGACUGACUUUGGACUGGCAACUUUUAACAACAAAACAUGCCAGGUUUCAGGUCUCGGCAGGAGUGACACAGGCGAUUAUAUAAGCGCUGAUAAGACCUGGACCCUGAGAACCACCUGUGGAACCCCUGAAUACAUGGCCCCUGAGAUUUUGCAGAGGAAACCCUAUACCUGUGCUGUGGACUUAUGGGCCUUGGGGGUGAUCGCCUACAUCGUGCUGAGUGGGUCCAUGCCGUUUGAGGACGACAGUCACACACGGCUCUACAGAUCCAUUGUGAGAGGAACGUACAGCUUCACUGGAGACCCUUGGCCCUCAGUGUCCAACCUGGCUAAGGACUUUAUCCAGCGCCUGCUCUCGGCCGACCCCGCCGCCCGCUUGACGGCAGACCAAGCCAUCCGUCACCCCUGGGUGGCCACCAUGGCAGCCAGCUCCUCCAUGAGGAACCUCCAUCGAUCUAUUUCCAGGAACCUGAGGCAGCGGACGUCCCGCAGCUCCUCUCGGUGUCCAAGCAGCACAUUGAGCUCCGGUGGCUCCAACAAGCUGAGGCUGGCUACACACUAG